UGUCUCUGAUCUUGAUAUCUAAGUGGUAACUGAGAAAGGCCGCAAAAUCCGAAUGGCUCGACUCAUUUGAUGCAGGCACUGGUAUCUGAUGAAGAAGUAGUUGGGAUAUUUUGCUGUUGCAAUAUACAUUUAUGCAUCUGUUCAGUAAGAGUUUCUUCUAGAAUUUUCAAUAUAGUUCCUUAUCAAAUAUGUAGCCUUUUCUACAAUAUGUAUUUUUUUUCAUUUGGUUUCUUGUGUUUUCCAGCUGUAAUUUCUUUGCUAAUGGGCAUGUUCAUACUGGUUUGGAUGAUGCAAUAAUUGAAAUCUGACUCAGCCAGAACUAAUGCUAUAACGCUGUCAGAGACACAGAAUUUAUUAUUGUAUAAUGAAGCGAAAUGAGACAUGAAUGUAUUGAGAUUACUACUUGAACUUCCCUUGAUUCUCCCCCUAGCGUGAACUUCCCUUGAUUCUUCCCCUAGCGUGGGAAGACACCAUACUUGGAACAGUUGUGAGCAUUAACUCGUACCUUGGCAAUGUAUCUAUGAUAUUUCAGCCAAUUUUGGAUUGAAAAUUCUCUCUUGGGGAAAUUUGUCGCAUUGAGCAUUUUUAACUUUUAAGGAAUGCUAGGAAUAGUGAAGAGACCUUGCAGAAAGAAGCAAUUGAGCGAACUGUCCUUAGUCAUCUUAAGGGUACUUCAAGGCUAAUUUCAGUGGAUCCAACACCAGGUACGGUGUAUCAGGUGGAAUCAACUGGUGCUAUUGUGAGCUUAAAUUCUGCUGUUGGACUUGUUCAUAUGUAUUGCUCUCAACUUUCAACUGACAGGUGCAGUUUCUGUUUCUAUAUGAUAGAUUAUAUUCCUAUUUGUUAUUUAUUUAUUUAUUUGUUAUUACUAUUGGACUUCUUAGUGGGUUUUAGCUUCUUAGUCAGUUGUCUUGCAACUAUUAUCAGGUAUUCAAUACUUCGUCCCGAGUUUAUCAUGGAGUGCCAUGAGAAGCCAGGGGGUUCUACAGAAUAUUCUUGCAGGCUUCAACUCCCCUGUAAUGCACCGUUUGAAGGACUGGAGGGACCAGUAUGUAGUUCAAUUCGUCUUGCACAACAGGCAUGCCAGCUUUUUGUUGUCGGUGAUAUGAACUUCAUCUAACAUUCAAACGAGAAAAUUCAUUAAUAUCUUUCAUGUGCAGGCUGUUUGUUUGGCUGCUUGCAAGAAGCUUCAUGAGAUGGGAGCAUUUACUGACAUGCUCUUGCCAGACAAGGGAAGUGGGGGCGAAGAGGAAAAACUUGACCAGAAUGAUGAAGGAGAUCCACUCCCUGGAACCUUCUAGGCAUAGGGAAUUCUAUUUUGAGGGUGUAGCUAAUGUUCUCCAGGGAGAAUGGAUUUUAUCUGGGAGAGACGGUGGCAAUACCUCCAAAUUCUUUCAUCUUUACGUGUAUGCUGUUAAAUGCAUAAAUGUAGGCUCUUCAAAAGAUCCAUAUUUAACCCAAGUUUCAGAUUUUACAGUACUUUUCGGCAGUGAUCUGGAUGCAGAGGUGUUAUCGAUGUUGACGGAUCUCUUUAUCGCUAGAACAAUGAUAACAAAGGCAUCUCUUGUCUUCCGGGGUCCAAUAGAUGUAAUAGAAUGUCAGGUUAAUUCAUGACAGCAUUCUUGUUGCUCACGAGCUUAUGCAUCAUUUGAAAACUAAGUCAGGAGCGGAAUUCUCUAUGGCCAUUAAAUUAGACAUGUCCAAGGCCUAUGACAGAGUUGAAUGGAGUUAUGUAGGGGCUGUGUUGAGUCGUUUAGGCUUUGAUCCUCAAUGGGUAUCUCUGAUGCUUACUUGCAUUAGCUCAGUCAGCUACUCUAUUAUGCUUAAUGGUUCCCCCUCCUCUGCGCCGAAGGUUUGUCUUCUCUUUUAGUUAAUGACUUAACGGCUGGUCACAUUACCAGUCUAAAAAUUGGAAGACGAGCUCCAGUUUUUUCUCAUUUAUUUUUUGAGGAUGAUUGCAUACUUUUCUGCAAAGCUGACUUGGAGGAGGUUCAAAGAAUUCUUUUGCUGCUUAACAUUUAUGCUGAAGCUUCUGGUCAAAUCAUUAAUUUUGACAAGUCUUCUACCUUUUUAGUAAGAAUAGCCCUCACAAUGACAGGGUGACUAUUAGAGAUUUGCUUAAUAUUCCUAGAGAAGGUGCCCAGGAACGGUAUUUGGGACUCCCAGCGAUUAUUGGUAGAUCUAAGAAAGACGUCUUCAAAUUUGUGGGACAAAAGAUGCUUUACAAAAUUUCGGGUUGGAAAGGGAAUUUUCUUUCUACAGCGGGUAGAGAGGUGUUGUUAAAAGCGGUUUUGACGGCUAUCCCAGCCUUCGCCAAGGCGUGCUUCAAGCUGCCCAAAGGUAAAGAAGUUCUAUUAGUGGAUGGACAUCAAUCUUAAACUCGUGUAGCUUUGGUGUUGAGGACACUUUCGGUUUUACUAGCAUGUAAUUGUUUAGCAUGCUUUAUGAUCCACAUUUUGUAUAUCAUGGAUGUAUAGUACUUAGAAGCAUGUUUAGCUUCCCUUAUUUUGUGUAAUAUGUACCUUGACACCUUCCUUUUGAAGUACUUUAACAUAACAUGUGAUGAGGCCCAGGGCCAUUCACUUUUACGU